AUGGCUAGCUGUGCAUGGCAAACGGUGGCCUUGCUGCUCGGGAGCAUUGGCAUGGUUGGAACAUUUACUGCCACUCUGAUGCCUCAGUGGAAAGUAUCAGCCUUCAUGGGCAACAAUCUGAUAGUCUUCGAGACAAUUUGGGAGGGCCUAUGGAUGGUGUGCAUCAGUCACAUCAGAAAGCAUCAGUGCAGAUUCUAUGAGUCCUUGUUGGCUCUUCCUCCUGCCUUAAUAGCAUCCAGAGGGCUGAUGUGCACAGCUUGUGUAUUGUCAGUUAUUGCCUUCUUAAUUGCUGUCUCUGGCAUGAAGCACAUCCGAUGUCCUGGCAAUGAUGAGCAAAUGAAGAGCAAGAUUUUGCUGGCAGCUGGAGUGCUUUUUCUUCUGACUGGGGUUAUUGUGCUGAUUCCUGUCUCCCUGGUUGCCAACAACAUCAUCAAGGACUUCCACAAUCCAGCAAUCCCGGUUGCCCGGAAACGUGAACUGGGAGCUGCCCUCUAUGUAGGCUGGAUCACCUCCGUGUUUCUGAUCAGUGGAGGAGCCAUAUUUGGUAGCAUUUCCUGCCGUGCAGAGAGGCUUGGAAGGCACCGAAAUGCAUCAACAUCUAACAACAGAUGA